AUGGCCCCCGGAGGUUACCCUUGUCCUGAGCCAGGAUGUGGCAAGUCCUUCUCCUCAAGCAGCCACAUGAGGCGUCAUGUCCGUAACCACAAGGGCGAGCGCGCGUUCACUUGCGAGCACUGUGGACAGUCCUUUGUCCGGAGAGAAGUCUGGAGGCGUCACGAGGGCCUGCACCUCAACCCCCAGUCUGCGCGUCCGAGGAUCAAGCCCGUUCGACGACCCGACGCCGCCGCGCCCCUGACGUCCGCCAACAUGGGCACGUCUCAACCGAUAACCCGAGUGACGACUACCGCGACGACGUCUUCCUCGUCCUCUGGACCUCACGUGCCGGCUGUUCACCCUCCUCCCAUCAUGCGCGAGGACCGCAGCCCGCUCGAGAACUACUCCCCUCCUCAGUACGCCUACGGCCACACUGAGGUCGACAUCCAGCCCGUCUACUACCCGCCUCCUCACUGGGUCCAGCAGGUCGACUAUGUGCCUCACCACAUCCCGCCCCCUCCUUCGGCACACCCUCACCCUCAGCAGUCCGGCUACUUCCCCCAGGCGCCUACCGGAAUAGAGAACUGGCUGGACCAGAUCAUCACGCCGCCUCAGGCGGGGUUUGGGCCCAUGAAUGGUGGCUACGACACUACUCCCCCGAAGGAGGUCUGGCCUGAGCAGGAGUACCACUACGAGAACCAGAACGGCGCCGUCGACCUUCGUCUUCGCGAGUACUUUUUUCGGCCACAGCCUACCCCUGUGGGUAGGCCAAUCGACGACAACCGCGGUGGUCGGAGGCACUAG